CCUCUCUUCUCCCCAACCAACAAUGGCGAUCGCCAGUUUACACAGACUAUCUUCCCAAAUCUCCCGAAACCCUACCCUUUCUCUCUACUCUCGCGCCAUCAUCUCACGUUCAUCUGCCACAUCAUCUUCAUCUGCGAAGGUUUCUGAUCGAAUCGUCAAGCUCGUAGCCUACGAUUUCGACGGCCAAAAGCGCGAUAUCAUCGGUCUCACCGGUCAAACCCUUCUCAAAGCCUUAUGCAACCACAAUCUCAUCGAUCCCGCCUCCCAUCGUCUCGAGGACAUCGAUGCCUGUUCCGCCGAGUGCGAGGUCAACAUCGCGGAAGAGUGGCUUGGGAAACUCCCGCCGGCGACCUACGACGAGCAGUAUGUGUUGAAGAGGAAUGCAAGGCAUAGGAUUCUGAAUAAACAUUCGAGGUUGGGGUGCCAGGUCGUACUCACGCAGGAGAUGCAAGGGAUGGUUGUUGCUGUUCCUGAGGCUAAGCCGUGGGACACUCCGUAAGGUCAAUGUGGAGUUGAGCCUUCUUGGAAAUUGAAUAAUUUCGGUCAGUAACAGUCUUGAAUGGUACUUUGAUUUGUUACCAUUAAAACUUUUUUUAUCUUUUUAUGUAAUUGUGAGUUCAUCGAAGUUGACUCUUAUUACUUAUGUUUGGAUGUUUAUGAAUAAUUUGAUUUUGUUUCACUAUAUCCAACUUUUAUCUGCUAAUGAAUUGAUAACUUACACC